AUGGGCCCGGAAUCGCCUCGCAUCGCCAGGCACCUGCAGUGCUUUGGCCUUGGGGCAUACCUCGAGGCCAACAUGAAGAUGCGGGCGCUGAACAACAGGCGCUACGAAGCGCUGGAUGUGGCAGAGGUGGACGUGCCCGGUGUGCAGCAACGUGCUGAAGCCGCACGACCUGGUGGCCGGGAGCCCCCGGAGCGCAGCAAGCGGAGUAAGGAGAACGAGGCUCGCCUUUCGCAUGCCACUUUGAGCGGGUGGGGGGUGUUUCACUUCAGCGCGGGCUUUUUUUGGUGCAAGAAGCGAAAGCCCGGCCGGGGGCCUUGGGGCCUGACUGUGAAGCGGAUGGGCGCCAGCGCCAGCACCGACGUGCCGGGCCAGCAGGGGGACCAUGAAGUGCGCUUGGCCGCCACGGAGAUCAUCCGCGUGGCCGGGAUGUCCGGGUACCACACCUCCAUCCUCCUGGACGGGCGGGAGUACUUCUUCGACGCCAUCGGCAUCCUCGAGGCAGCACCGCUCUUCAGCCACACGUUGAACGAGGCCAAGAACCCGGAUGGCAGCAAAACGAUGGUGGUGCCCGUUGGCUGCAGCCACUGCUCUGCUAGAGAGAUGGUGGACUUCCUGCAGGAGUACUUCCUCCGAGGCUCCUAUGACGUGUUCUACAAGAACUGCAACACCUUCUCGGACGCCGCGCUGUACUUCCUGACGCGGCAGCGGAUUCCCGGGUGGUGCAACCGCAUCGAGCGGCUGGUUACCGCCACUAAGCCGGUGUCUAUCAGCCUGCUGAACCGACUCUUCAAGGCCCUCGUGGAGCAAUCCUCGGGUGUGACGCUGGAGGGGGACAUCUACACCCCGAACCCCGUGUCCGCGGACUUCUCGGUGGACACCAUCAUCAACUCCCUAGGUGACGAGGAGGCUACGUCCUCGGAGUCGGGGUCUGAGGAGGAGGGCGCACCGGCUCCUUCGAGCCCGGCAACAGCUCCGGGCACGCUGUCGAAGCGCCUGUCCUCGAUCUUCUACUCCGAAGUGGACAAGUAUGUGCAGAAGGUGCUGGCUGAGACCUCUGCGGACGUGGAGGAGGUCGUUAUCGAGAAGGAUGGCAGCUAUCGGAUUGUGGAGGAGGAGGAGCAGGAGCCGGACCCCGUGAAGGAGAAGCCCAAGAAGGCGGAAGGCGAUGAGAUUCCUGAAGCGCAGGACGGCCUCAAGAGGAAGGGGACGGAUGAUGGGAUCGAGGUGCCACUCUCCAAACGCCAGCGAAGGCGGCAAAAGAUUUUGGAAGCGCGUGGAGAAAUACCUCACCAGGACGGGCACGGCCAUGGUGACGUGCCGUCGCCUGAUGUGCCGGUGGUCCAGGAAGACGUGUGA